GGGAGAAUGUGCAGUUUACUGUGAUAGCCAUCUGUGGAGUUAUUGUUUAUUUAAAGAACAUGUUACACUUAUUCUCUAAUAAGGACUAAAGUAUUAGUAUUAAGGCCUCUCUUAGGCUGAUGUCCUGCAGUUGUAAAAUAAAGUGACACUUUGAAUUGUCGUAUUUUCUUUCAAUUUUAAAUCAAACAUUUUCAUAGGAAAUGGAAUUGUGUAAUUAUGGCUGUCGUCACAAGAGGGCGCCGUGGCCGCGGCGCACACAGCAUCCAGCGAGGCCCCGCCCCAUACUGACGAUUCAGACUAGAGGUUCGGAGACAGGAGGGAGAAGAGCCAACAUGGUGCCUUCCGCGGUAGAGUUUCUGUCGGUUUGUUUCGCAAUUUUGUCCAUUUUAAUGCAAAUUCGCUGCUCCGGGCUUUUAUCAGAGCCUUGCUACAAACCACUUAGCGUCCACAUACCAGAUUCUGUCAAACCGUGGGCCUGGCCUCGCGUGGAUGUGAAUGCGUCAGUGCUUCCUCCGUCGUGGGACUGGAGGAACGUCCAGGGGAAGAAUUAUGUGAGCGUCACAAGGAACCAACACAUCCCACAGUACUGUGGUUCCUGCUGGGCCAUGGGAGCCACCAGCGCUUUGGCUGACCGUAUCAACAUCAAACGUGGAGGGGCGUGGCCGUCUGCCUACCUGUCGGUCCAGAACGUGAUUGACUGUGGGAGGGCGGGAUCUUGUUAUGGAGGAGAUCACGUGGGGGUGUACGCCUACGCCCACAAGAGCGGCAUCCCCGAUGAGACCUGCAACAACUAUCAAGCCAAAAAUCAAAAGUGUGAGCUCUUCAACCAGUGUGGCACCUGCACCUUCUUUAAAUCUUGCUCUGUGGUCAAGAACUACACCGUGUGGAAAGUGGCCGACUACGGGUACGUUUCUGGAAGAGAUGAGAUGAAAGCAGAGAUCUACAAAAAUGGGCCCAUCAGCUGUGCACUAAUGGCUACUGAAGGUCUGGAAAACUAUCCUGGAGGGAUUUUCUCCGAGUUUCACCCUCUGUCUUUACCGAACCACAUCGUGUCUGUGGCCGGCUGGGGUCUGAGCGAGGACCAAACUGAGUACUGGAUCGUCAGGAACUCCUGGGGAGAGUUUUGGGGAGAACGAGGCUGGGCCAGAAUUGUCACCAGUGCUUAUAAAGGAGGGAAAGGGAACUGGUUCAAUCUGGGCGUGGAGAAGAACUGUGCAUACGGAGACCCCAUGGUGACGUAGACGACUGAAGAAAAGCACAGACUUUGUUGAUGGUUAAUUCAGAUGUCUGCUUGGAGAUUUGUUAAUGGUUGAAAAUUUUAAAAUAAAAUAAAGGUUCUGUUUUUACGA